CGUGGCUAUUUUAAACCGGUGAAGUUCAUGCGUCAACAUGCCUGUAAGACGCGGUCAUGUUGCGCUGCAGAACACAUAUUUGGACACAAUCAUCAAGAAAUUCGACGAACGAAAUCGCAAGUUUCUGAUCGCCAAUGCCCAGAUGAAGAACUGUGGCAUCAUUUACUGCAAUGAAGGCUUCUGCCAGAUGUUCGGCUUCACCCGGGCCGAGAUCAUGCAGCAGCCCUGCACCUGCCAGUUCUUGGUUGGUCCUGGCACCAUGAAGAGCGCCCUGGCCCAGUUAGCGCAGGCCCUGCUUGGGUCCGAGGAGCGCAAGGUGGAGAUCCUCUACUACUCCAAGGAAGGGAUUUGCCGACCCUGCCGAGUGGAUAUCGUACCCGUCAAAAACGAGGAAGGCCAUGUGAUAAUGUUCAUCCUCGACUUCCAGGAGCUCAUUGAUCCUUCGCUCAAGAAGUCAGGCUUAAGGCAGAGAGUCACCCAAGGAUGGCUUUACUGUCAGAACCGCCGGAUGAAGAUGAGACUACCAGAACUUCGCUCCCUGCGAAGGCCGUCACUGGCCAAAGAUCAGUGCGAAGGCGUGGUGGUGGAUUACCUGCAGCCGCGCAGCGAGGAAGUCCCUCUGAAGGAGUUUCGGAUCCCUUCGAAGGAGAGCUGCAUGCAGUCUGAGACCGAGGCUUUAAUCGAGCAGGACCUGGACCCCCCCUCGCCGGCUGCUCAGUCCUUCACCAAGCGGCGCUCGUUGCUGCCGGAGCGGCUGGACCCCGGCAUCUCCUUCACCAGGGGGGCGCUGCCUCAAAGCUGCUCCAAUGAGAGCGUCCGCAGCCUGAGGCGGGCCUCGUCUCUGGAUGACAUUGACGGCAUGAAAGCAGAGUGGAACAGUCGACCCGGGGAAACCCGAACUCACAGCAAUCUGAAGCCCAGUGCUUUGAACUCCACCUCCGACUCAGAUCUUAUUAGACACAGAACCAUCGGACGCAUCCCGCAGGUCACCCUCACCUUCGGCUCAGACCGACUCAGACCGCCCUUGCCUACUGAGAUCGAAAUCAUUGCACCCAGCAAGGUCAAAGACCGAACCCAGAACGUCACUGAGAAGGUCACUCAGGUCACACAGGUGUUGUCCCUCGGCGCCGACGUGUUGCCUGAGUACAAGCUCCAGGCCCCACGCAUCCACAAGUGGACGAUCCUCCACUACAGCCCCUUCAAGGCCGUCUGGGACUGGAUCAUCCUACUGCUGGUCAUCUACACGGCCAUCUUCACCCCCUACUCUGCCGCCUUCCUUCUCAACGAGGCGGAAGAUGACGGAGGCUCUUGCGGCUACACCUGCAACCCGCUGAACGUGGUGGACCUUGUGGUGGACGUCAUGUUCAUCGUGGACAUCCUCAUUAACUUCAGGACCACCUACGUCAACAGCAACGACGAGGUGGUCAGCCACCCGGGCCGCAUCGCGCAGCACUACUUCAAGGGCUGGUUCCUGAUCGAUAUAGUCGCCGCCAUCCCGUUCGAUCUGCUCAUAUCGCGCUCCGGGUCACAAGAGACGGAGCCACAGACCCAAACUACUCUGAUUGGACUUCUGAAGACAGCCAGACUGUUGAGGCUGGUGCGAGUUGCCAGGAAGUUAGAUCGCUACUCCGAAUACGGAGCGGCGGUUCUGUUCCUCCUCAUGUGUACGUUCGCGCUCAUCGCCCACUGGCUGGCCUGCAUCUGGUACGCCAUCGGCAACGUGGAGCGCACCGGCUCUGAACGCAUCGGCGGCAUGAAGAUCGGCUGGCUCGACAACCUGGCCGACCAAAUAGGGAAACACUACAACAGCAGUGACAGGAGCUCAGGCCCCUCCAUUCAGGACAAGUACGUUACGGCGUUGUAUUUCACCUUCAGCAGCCUGACCAGCGUGGGCUUCGGCAACGUCUCGCCCAACACCAACCCGGAGAAGAUCUUCUCCAUCUGUGUCAUGCUCAUUGGCUCUCUGAUGUAUGCCAGCAUCUUUGGGAACGUGUCGGCCAUCAUUCAGCGGCUGUACUCUGGCACGGCCCGGUACCACACUCAGAUGCUGCGGGUCAAAGAGUUCAUUCGCUUCCACCAGAUCCCAGGAGGCCUCAGACAAAGACUGGAGGAGUAUUUCCAGCACGCCUGGUCCUACACCAACGGCAUCGACAUGAAUGCUGUUUUGAAAGGUUUUCCUGAGUGCCUGCAAGCCGACAUCUGCCUCCAUCUGCACCGCAGUUUGCUGCAGAACUGCAAAGCUUUUCAGGGCGCCAACAAAGGCUGCUUGCGCGCUCUGGCCAUGCGAUUCAGGACGACCCACGCGCCUCCGGGUGACACCCUGGUGCACAGCGGAGACAUUCUCACCGCCCUCUACUUUGUUUCCAGAGGUUCAAUCGAGAUUUUGAGGGACGACGUAGUGGUGGCUAUACUGGGAAAGAACGACAUCUUUGGUGAACCCAACCAUGUGUAUGGCAGGCCCGGGAAAUCCAGCGCUGACGUUCGAGCUUUGACCUACUGCGACCUUCACAAGAUCCUGAGGGACGACCUGCUGGAGGUGCUGGAGAUGUAUCCAGACUUUGCCGACUCCUUCUGGAGCCAUUUGGAGAUUACCUUCAACCUCAGAGAUGCAGACAGAACAAAACAGCAAACCCCAAGCAGGAGCUCCGAGUGCGGCUGCCGACUGACGAGGCAUCGCAGAAGCUCCCUGCGGCGGCGGAACCGGCCGGAUGGGACGGAUCACGAGGACUCGUACCCAGACCAGCCGAGUCUGACAGUGAACCACCGGCGCAGAACGGUAGCCGGGUCCCACUGGGAGGAUUUCUGCAGCAGCGCCAGCGUUUGUUCUCAGUCCAGUGAUGAGGAAAUUAAGCCUGUUCAACACAAGGGGGAGCUGUUCGUCCACGGUUCUGACACCAAAGACUUCCAACCUUCAAGGGUCGCCAUCCGACCCCACUGUGGACCUUCUGCUCUAAUGGGGCAGGCUGUGGAUCUUGGAGGCUCUCCGUACCCAGCAGCGCCCCCUAUCAGUGUGUCAGGCUUGUACGGCUACUGGUCAGACCGCAGAUCCAGCCAGCUGUCUGAGAACCAGAGGAGGCAGUCAGCAGUGAGAUCUGGGUUUCAGGCUUCGUUCUGCGCUGAGGAUCGGCCUCGGGAGCUGGAAUCCAGACUGGAGCUCCUGCAGUCUCAGCUCAACAGGCUGGAGACCCGUAUGACUGCAGAUAUCAACGUGAUCCUGCAGCUCCUCCAGAGGCAGAUGACCCCGGUGCCUCCCGCCUACAGCGCCGUGUCGCCCGGCUCCCACCUGCCUCACCCCACAACCCUCUACGGCUCGGGACCCCCAAUCCAGCCGGGACAGAUAGACGGCAGCGCCUCCUUGCUGCAGAGUCCAGAUUCUGACUGUAAGCACAAAUCUAGAGACUCCCUCUCCAGCGGCGUCCAUCUCACCGUGGCGUCAGACGACACCAUGUCACCAGAGGCCGACCCGCCGCGGCUGCCCUCUGUUGACCUCACCUGUCCUCACUUCCUGUCCCCCAACGUCCAGGAAGCUCCCGGGCUCCUGGGCGGCAGCCAGCGCUUCCCCUCGCUCCCCGAACACCUGGAGACCUCCACAGAGAUGCAGGAGAUCCAGAGACACGUCUCUGACCCGGUCCUGCCAGGAACAUAGACCAACCCGCUGUAAAGCCAUAUUUUGCCCAGAUGGAUCUCCAUCUCACCAAAUAUUGAAAUAAAUGAUCCUCCUCUCCUGGUCGGACGCUGCUGGAAAUCGAGGAAAAACACACAAACGGCGUCCCAGACUCAGGUUUCCACAGUGGAAGGAGAGAAACGAAAAAAACACGUUUGAGAAAUAUCUGCAUUCACUUUGUAUGAGAAUCGCACAUUUAGGCUCAAUAAAGAUAAAAUGUAUUUUUAUACUGUUCUAGCUGCUGUUUGCAUAAAGAACUCUGUAUCUAGUAAUUAUGAGGUCAGUGUUACUGUUGUCUGUUAAAUAAAUUAACUGUCUGACACUGUAAACAAUGAAGAUUUUAACUUAAACCUCACGUUUGUUCAUGACAUGAAUCAGAAAAGUCAUUUAUGUGAAAACAUGGCUGUGAAUAUAGUCAGACGUUUUCUAUAAAGGUUUUAUCUGGAAUAUUCGAGUUUUAAGGUCACUCUAAAAAAAGUUAAUAAAGUCAAAAUAACAAGGUAA